AUGUCGGGGAGGGGGAGAGCGGCCGCGAGGCGGGCGGGCGCGCGCGCGGUCGGCGGGCGGGCGGGCGGCGGGCAGCCCAGGCACCAGGACUCGGCGCACCCUCGGCGGCUCGCGGCACCUCCCCGUUACUGGCGCCGGCGGUCCCGGGCCAUCUCCCUCCGUCACCACCGCUUAGGGUCGGCUGGGGCAGAGGUGCCAACUACGGGGCGGCAGCGCGAGGCGGGGGGAGGGGGCGAGAGGCCGUGUUCCGGUCCCCGCGGAGAGCGAACGCCUCCAGCACCUUCCCUCCUCCUGCUCCGCCGCCGCCUGCCCUCCUCCCCCCCGCCGCCGCCGGGUCCUUCUCGCCGCCUCCUGCCGCUGCUACAGCCGCCGCCGCUCCACCAACUACAUCCGGGCAACUCGGACGCAGCCGCCUUCGGGAAAGCUCGGCAGUUUCCGCCACACCCCCUCCUCCCCACCCCGCGAGGCUCGAGAACGCCGCCUUCGGCAAACCUCGGCUUGCUCCCGCCCUCCUCUUCCUCUGAGGCCUGGGCUCCUAGCCCCGCGACCCGUCAAGCCCUUCCGGUUGCUGCUUUCCUCACUCUCGAAUCCGGCCACUCCCGUUCCACUUUAGGGGUAGUCGUGCUCGGGAGCCUGCGGGAGGCGGGCCCCGGGGCCUCCGGGCUGCGCGGGGUGGGAGCCACCUUCGGGAGGAGAACCGUGGGGCGCGAGGGACGCCAUCUCGGACCAAAUGCGGAGCGGCGGGAGCUGCGCGUGCGCCCAGAGGCGCAACGGCGGCGGGGGCGGGGUGCCCUCCGCGAGGCGGCCGCGUCCCCCGCCCCUCGGGCUCCGUGCGGGGGUCGGAAAGCCCCUAAUUGGGCGGCCGGGACGGUUGUCGCGGAGGCUCGACGGGGCCGCGGCGGAAGUCGGCCUCGUCCGACCGGGAGAACCCAGAACCGCGGCUCUUGCCGCCCCGACCAGUGCGGAGCGCGCGCCUGUGGCACCGGCCUCGGCACUGCAGACUUAAGAGCCCAGCCGCCCGGCGCCACGGAGCCCUCCUAGUUCUUCCUCUCCCUGGAAGGAAAUCGUUUCGAGAGGACGGGUGUACAGAAAAUGUGCGGUGUAAGGUUUAGUCCAUUAUUGUCGUGGUGGGAAGCAUGGCAGCAUGCAGGCAGACACGGUGCUGGAGACAGAACUGAGAGCUCUAUUGGGAGGUGAAGAAAGAAUGAAGAAAUCCAGCCGGGCUGGUGAGAUGAUUUAGUGGUGAAGAGUACCGACUGCUCUUCUGGAGUCCUGAGUUCAAAUCCCAGCAACCACAUGGUGGCUCACAACCAUCUGUAAUGACACCCUCUUCUGAAGACAGCUACAAGUGUACUUUUAUAUAUAA